UAGCAGGGUUGUGUGCACCGCGUAGCCGUUGCCACGUCGCGCAGUUCCGUGAGGGGGGCAAGGUGUCCGCCAUUACCGCGCUCCCCCUUUUAGGAGACUGGGGCCUUGCGAGCACCGGGGGUGUGUGUGUGUAUGUUUAAAAAUUGACGUUUUCCCUCCACCCCGGCGGGCGGAGGCUGUGGGGACUCUUUGAGCAACGGACGCAGCUCCGUCCUGAGGUGUGGGGAUGAACGCGGCGCUGCCGAAGGUGCUGUGCUUGAAGAAGGGAGUGUUGCUAAAGCAGGUGUUUGCACUUAGCAGAACAGCAACACCCAGAGAAGGCCAUCUGUGUGCUGCAGGUGAUGCGCUUGUGGGUUGCCACAGACACUACAGAUCCAAUCCUACGCAUGGUAUUGGGAGGUUUAAAUACCUGCUCCCAAAGGAGGCUCCAAAGAGGAAAAGGGAUAAAAUACAGAUGAAAGAGAUAAAUGUUGGGACUGAAUUUGAGUAUGGAGAUGUCAACAUCCACAUGACUUCCUAUGAUAUGUGUCUAGUGGAGUGUUUUGCUCAAUAUGUGCAUAAACUCUGCAACCAGCUCUCCAUUAAAGUGAACGAAAGCUACGCGAUGCCCACUAAAACCAACGAAGUGCUGUUGUUGGAAGAGCGAGGUUCCAAAAUGCAGCUGGAUGGGGUCCUUACUACCCAUCAGAGGGUUGUCCAGAUCAGCGGUUUGAGUUCAACAUUUGCUCCGAUACUCUUGGAAAUUAUUCAGAGUAAUCAGCCUGAAGGUGUUCAUCUAUUAGUGAAAGAGCACACAGAAUCUGACUUCAAGAGCCGAUUAAAGUCUCGACCAGAACUCGAAGAGCUCCUGGCACAGAUGAACUGAGGCAUAACGCUCCAUCCAUUUCAGAGCUACAACUGGGAAAGCGUGGCUUCUCCUCCAUGGCUGCUCGAGCCUCUGGGAGGUGGCUUUGUGAGCACUGUACUGGUAAUUUGGUGAACUGGAAAUUUCCACUGUUGUUAAGGAGCAUGUCUUAAUAAAUACAUGUAUUUAUAUCUGA